UAUUUGUUUCUUAUAUUCACUUAGAAAAGUGUGUAUGUCAGAUUAUUAUUGAAAGUCAAAUAAAUCGUGAUUAAUUGCAAUUGAGGAAAUCAACUUUGGACACUUAUCUAGUAUUUAAAUAUUUUGGAAUCUAAAGAGUGAACUAUUUUUUAAAUUAUGGCGGAUAAAAUAAUCAAAGACAUGUUUGGCAAGUUAAACAAAACAGAUGAAAAAUAUUUGAUAAAUUUUUUAACUAAGGAAAAUAUGACGUAUGAGGAUUAUUUACAAGGCAAAUCAAAUAAAGAGGCUAUGGUUGAAUGUGAAGGUUUAAAUAAUCAAAGCAUGAUUGAUUUGGGAAAGAACGUGCCAGAGUAUCAAAAACUGCUCGAAAUUAAUUCGCAUAAUAAUAUAGGCAAGAAAAACUUGAAUGCUGAUCUGCAAUGUUAUGAAGUCCAAGAAAAACCUUCUCAGUGUGAUGCGGUAGCAUCUAGUAGCCUUCAAUCUGAAUUAUUGAAUGAAACAAAUAUAUGUCCAAAUCUUACCGGUGCAUGUGAUAACAUCAAUCCACGUCAACUUAUUGAAGCCAAGUUAAAGCGAACAUUACGACGUAAUUCCAGCAGAUGUCCAAUAUGUUUAAAGAAAGUUAGAAAAAAGAUUUAUCUCAAGACAGCUUCAAAAAUCUAUUUGGGUUUUGGUUCCAAAUGCUUAGACAAAAAACUAGAGAAGGAAGGUACGCAUGUUGGUGUUUGCAAAGAAUACGCUGCAUAUAUCCAAGACAAGAAUGUCGUUACGGUAGAAGAUUGUGAUCCUUGCACAAGUGCGAAAUGCUCUGGUAAGAAACUAGAGAAGAAGGAUACGCAUGUCGAUAUUUGCAAAGAAUAUGCUGAAAACAACCAAGGUAAAAAUGAUGUUACGUUGAAAAAUUGUGAUCCUUGUACAAGUGUGAAGUCAAAUAUUACAAAUGGAAACCCACAGGUUGCAUUAAAACGCCAAAAUAAAGGAGGUAAAGGGAUAUACGGCAAAAAUGAUCGUUGCUACCGCUGCGGAAAGAUAUUGGGCAAAAGCAAUUUUAAAAAUCUACGUAGUAAAAUUUCGAAGCGUGGGGUUGAUUCCUUCAUUAGAAAUGCCGCUAGGGCAGGAGGAUAUAAGUACAGAUUUGGGGAAGGUUCUUUGGAUUGCAUUACAGAAAACUUUCCCAAUGCUAAGGAUUGCAAGAAAUUAAAAGAUCAAUGUAAAGUUAUAAAUAAGGUACAACGGUCGAAGAGAAAGGUUAUAUUUAGGGCUAUUAAACCGAAGCUUCGAAAAAGGAGAUUUUAGGUUGUUUAUCCAAAAUGUACUAAUGUCCUAAUUGUACAAAAUGCCAAAAUUUUCUGUUUUUCAGUUUUGGACUAAAAAAUUAAUUAAAACUUAAAAUCA